AUGCCCGCCGUUGUCGCGACCAACGUGCGUGUCACGUUAGCCGGCGUCAAGUCCAGACGUGGCCCUUUGUCCAUCGCGCGCGCGGUGGUGAACCCUCGCGUCAAGCGCCGCGCGACUCGCGUGAUCUCGCGCGCGACCGAGGAGGGUGAGGAGAAGGCUGAGGAGGCCGAGGUCGAGGGCAGCCCCGAGGAGCGGGUGUCGAACGCCAUGCAGGAGUUCGCCGAGGCUGGCUUCCCUAGCGAUGAGGACGACGCGAAGGAUCCCGUGAGCCGGACCAAGGCGAUGAACAGCGCGGUGGAUGACCUCUACAGUCUGAUGGAUUCCGAGGUGCAGGUGUUGAGCGAGGCGUUCGAUCUGCUGGAGCAACUCGGCGUUAAGGGGUUGGAGAAGCCGCCCAAGUCGCUCAGGAGGGACGACAAGAAAGAAACAAUUGAACUCGAGAAAGACGAAGACCAGUGA